AUGUCUUCACUGCAUGACUUGAGAGGAAGUGAGAGAUCCCAACACCGCCAAAAAUCAACCAGUGACUCAAACAUCCUGCCACUGUUGAGAGGAAUAGCUCACAACUCGUCCAAGGCUGACCAGCAUGCGUCAAUUGACUACCAAGGGUUGGCAGCUGAGUCUGCAGCUACUGCGUCUGCUGCGGUGGCUGCUUUGGGACACAGACAGCCUCAUCAUGAGCAGAAUCAUACUGAUCAGCAAAGCCAACACCAACAACAUCUUCAGCUCCAACAGCAGCAACAGCUCCAACAGCAGCAACAGCAACAAAAAUUUGCACUGGGUUUGAAACUGGCCGAGGCUGAGGUAACAACGCCCACAACGGAUGCCGAAUCCGUGUCCGAGUUGGACAAUUCUACCUUGUCUGAAGCUCUAGCUCAUCUCAACAAUGUCAAAAACCCACAUAGAAUAAAAUUAUCCAACCAGGAUGUGAAAUUGAUUUUGUACUUGAUUGUUGAAAUCAAACCUUUUAAAUACGUUGGUAAUCGUGCAUUGAGUCAAAGCAAGAAAUGGGAAAUUAUACAAAACAAGUACUAUGAUUUAAAAUUUAGAGAAAACAACGACACAAAUUUCAUCAUCCCCACUGUUCGUACUUUACAGCGUCAACUAGCUGGUGCGUUGAAGAAAGCAAGACAGCAAAGGAGUAAAACAAAAGCAGCAGGUGGCGACCCCACCACUCACCAAAUUCCACAAACUUUACCAGAGAUUGAUGCAGACGAUUAUUACAAUUUCAGACACAUUUCUCCUAAUAGUCCGCAAGAUGAGUUGGAGAGCGCAUUGCUUGAUUUGCAUGAGUUAAGCGAAAAGAUAAAGGAAUUGAAAUCUCAAAGCAACAGCCUUGUCAAAGUCAAUUAUCAAGCGCGCACUAAACAGUCAGCCGGAACUGCAUCACACGACGAAGAUGGAUUUCAAGUCGCAAAGGGUGAUGGUGCUGACUCACUCGACGAUGGAAAGAGAGCCUAUAAGCGUGCUGCUGCACCUAAAUCAUCAGCACAUGCGGUAUCAUCUCAAGGCGAGAUAACAACUCAUUAUAUUGACGAUUUUGCCAACGCAACUUCUCAUUUAGAAGAGAUCCUGAGUGUAUUGAGCGACCGUAUUCUCAACUUGAAGAAAGAACUCGAGAAUGACCCAACCAUUUCACCAAAGCACAAGGAAGCGUUUGAGUUGUUAGAAUCGGUUGUCCGUCACACGAAUGAUAUGCGAACCACACUUGUCCAGCAAAAUGAGAUGUUUAGCAAACAAGUGAAUGCGUUGAUCACUAAACAUGCGGCUAAAGUUGAACGUGUUCGAUCUUUUUACAAUGCUAAGCAAUUGGAGUUGGUGGAAAAUAUUACCGAUUCGUUUAAAGAGGAUUUCAAACUGACCGGCCAAUCAAGUAGUAUUCUCGAAAAACUUGAUUCUAUUAAAGAAUUGCUCAAGUAA